AUGGCAGGGAGGCUGUUGGAAGGAGAUUCUCUGGAGCUGAGCUGUAGUGCUGGUCCUGCAAAGGUGAUACUGGAGCCAAACCAAGUCGUGGUUUUGGACUGUAACCUGGCCCCUGUUGAGCAGGUGAUCAAUAUCACGUGGAAGAAGAAUGGAUUUCCAUUAGUGGAGCAGGAACAUCUCCACGUGCUUCCAAAUGGAUCGCUCUUCAUCUCAUCCCAGGCUGUGGCAAAGGACAGCAAAUAUCCUGAGAAGGCUGGCGCUGAGGGUAAUUACUCCUGCGUGUCUCACAGCUCCCUAGGGGCUGUCACCAGUCAAACGGCUGCAGUCAGAUUUUCAACCUUAUCACGCUUUUUCCAACAGCCGGAGUCGCAGACAGUGGAAGAAAAUGGUAUGGCCCGGUUUGAGUGUCGGAUUGAAGGACUGCCCUCCCCUGUCAUCACGUGGGAGAAGGACCAUGAAGCUGUUCCAGCAGAACCCAGGUUUAUAACUCUUCCAAAUGGUGUCCUCCAAAUCGUGGAUGUGCGGGAGAGUGAUGCUGGGGCUUACCACUGCGUGGCAACCAAUGCUGCCCGAAAACGCUACAGCAAUGAUGCAGUCCUCAGUGUCCUAAAAGGUUCCCAGCCAGCAGGAGGAGAUGUCACCAUCGUCGCAGCUCCAGAGAAUACCACAGUGGUGGCUGGGGAGAGCGUGGUGAUGGAGUGCAUGGCAGCUGCCGAUCCCACCCCCUUCGUCUCCUGGAUACGACAGGAUGGAAAGCCUGUUUCCACAGAUGUGAUAGUGCUGGGCCGGACAAAUCUCCUCAUUCCUUCCAGCCAGCCCCAUCACUCAGGGGUGUACGUCUGCCGUGCUAACAAACCGCAGACCAGGCAGUUCGUUACAGCCGCAGCUGAGCUCCGGGUUCUUGCUACACCCAGCAUCUCCCAGGCUCCAGAAACCAUCUCUCGCACCCGAGCCAGCACGGCUCGGUUUGUCUGCAAGGCGGAGGGUGAGCCAGCCCCAACCAUUCACUGGCUGAAGAACGGCGAGGCCAUCCUCUCCAAUGGGCGGGUGAAGGUGCAGAGCAGCGGGAGCCUUGUGAUCAAUCAGAUCGGGUUGGAGGAUGCUGGCUACUACCAGUGCGUGGCUGAGAACAGCUUGGGCAUGGCUUGUGCCACUGCCAAGCUCUCGGUGAUUGUGCGGGAGGGUUUGCCCAGCGCUCCCAAGAAGGUGUCAGCCGUGUCCCUCUCCAGCACCACAGUCCUUGUGUCGUGGGAGCGGCCAGAGUACAACAGCGAGCAGAUCAUUGGCUUCUCCUUACAUUACCAGCGGGCUGCGGGAACAGAUAACGUGGAAUACCAGUUUGCUGUCAAUAAUGAUACCACUGAGCUGCAAGUCAAGGACCUAGAGCCCAAUACCAACUAUGUCUUCUACGUGGUCGCAUAUUCUCAGCUUGGAGCCAGCCGGACAUCCUCUUCCAUUAUUGUUCAGACCCUGGAGGAUGUUCCUAGUGCUGCCCCUCAGCUGUCCCUGUCGAGCAUGACUCCUGGUGACAUCCGUGUGACAUGGCUGCCUCCUCCUCCAGAGCUGAGUAACGGCAAGAUAACGAAGUACAAGAUCGACUACUGCACCCUCAAGGGAGCAGAUCAGGUUACCUCCAUUGAAGUGGGUGGAAAUGAGACACAAAUCACUCUCUACUCGCUCCAUCCCAACAAAGUAUACAAAGUUCGCAUCGCAGCCAGCACCAGCGUGGGCUAUGGAGCCCCUUCUGAGUGGACCCAGCAUCGGACUCCUGACAGAGACAACCAGACACGUGUUCCAUUUGCCCCAACCGAAUUAAAAGUCCGAGCAAAGAUGGAGUCUCUCCUGAUAACAUGGCAGCCCCCAGCCAACCAUGCCCAGAUAUCUGGCUACAAACUCUACUACCGAGAAGUGGGCCCAGAGGAGUCCAGCGAUGAAAGUCCUUUGGAUGGUGCUGAAGAUGAGAGCUGGGAUGUAGGACCCAUAAAACUAAAGAAGAAAGUGAAGCAGUACGAGCUGACUCGACUAGCUCCUGGGAAACUCUAUGAGGUGAAGCUGGUGGCAUUCAAUAAGCACGAAGAUGGUUAUGCAGCGGUUUGGAAGGGCAAAACAGAAAAGGCACCUGCAACAGCAGUAGAUCCCCCUGUGCAGAAGGGUCCUCCGCUGCCUCCAGUCCAAGUCUAUGCUGAGUCCAACAGCUCAACUUCCAUAUGGCUCAGGUGGAAGAAACCUGACUUCACCACAGUCAAGAUUGUCAACUACACUGUGCGCUUCAGCCCUUGGGGCCUGAAAAAUGCCUCUCUCGUUACAUACUACACAAGGUAAGGCAGGAUGCUGUGGGUUCAUCUGCCAUGUAUUGCUCGUGUCAGGAAUAAACACAGGGCAGGAGGAACCUUUAUGGAAGUUCCAACAUUCUCAUUAGUAAAAAGGUUCACCCUUCCUGACCGUCCCUCAACUCCUCCAUCUGACCUGCGGCUGCACCCGCUCAACCCCUACGCUGUUCAGGUGCACUGGUGCCCCCCUGCUGAGCCCAACGGCAUCAUUGUGGAGUACCUUAUCCUGUACAACGCCAACAACACACAGCCUGAUGACAUGUGGACCUUGCUGACGCGAGAAGGAAAUAUCUUCAGCACUGAAGUGCAUGGCCUGGAAAGUGAUACCAGAUACUUCUUCAAGAUGGGAGCAAAGACAGUCGUGGGGUCUGGUCCCUAUUCAAACGUUAAGGACGUGCACACCCUCCGGGAGAAGUUGUCUGAUGUUCUGGAUAUCCACUCUGUCACAGGAAUCAUUGUGGGAGUCUGCCUGGGGCUGCUCUGCAUACUCUUCUGCAUGUGUGCCAGCUUCCGCAACAGCAAGCAGAGGGAGGCUCUGCCCGGCCUGGAUUCCCAGGCAGCUGGCAACCACACUUACUACCACCGGAGCAGGCAAGGGGUGGCAGCUCCCAGUGCCACCUCAGAUUCUCAUGAGCUAGAGUCCCUCAUGUCCCCGCUCCCAGAGGAUGCACCUGUGCCCCUGGGGGACAUCACAGAACUGACGGAAGUGCACAGCCUCAUCCACACAAGCCUGCCUGAGGACAUCAUUCAUGGGAAGAGGAAGUCUUCAUGGAAUAAAUCAGCUAACCAGCCCUGGACAAACAGCAUAGCCAGAUACGGGGACACUAUCACAAAAGAGCCCCUCUCUGCUGUGAACGGAUCACUGAAGCUCCCUUCCAGCGCAGGACAGAAGCUUUUGUUACAAGCUCUGGUUUAUGAUGCCGUGAUGAAUGAAGCAAAGAAAAGCCAUCCGCCAGCCGGCCUCCACCAAGUGGAAGCAGAAGUCAUCGUCCAUUCGGAUUUUUCAGCCUCAGACAGAGACUACGACUCCCAGCUGCACACUCUGGAGAGUGAAGAGACAGAAACCGAGGACCAGGAGCCUGAAGAGCUCCCCUCCGGAGAGCUGGCUCUUCCCGGCUCUCCCGGCACCCAGCAGGAUGCUAGCCAAGCGUUGGUGGACUGCACGGGCAAUUCGGAGGUUCGGGCCCAGGACGAGCUGUUAUCUACUGACAGAAAGACUAACAAAACAGAGGCUGUUUGCAUCCCUGGGCUCACCAAUGGCUUCCACAGGCACGGGGAAAGUCUGGAUUCAGUGGAGAGCGGAGAUUCGGACUGCAUCCAGGAAGGCAGCGGGGAUGUGCAGCCAGUCAAGUGCCAGUCGCUUUCCCUGACCCCGGAGGAGGCCCCCCUCUGUAGUAACUCUGGUUUAACCAGUUCAUCCUCAGCAUCUGAGAACAUGGCAUGUGUCCACAAUCGUUAA